GGUAAUUUGGUUCAUUGCAGGGGAAGCACGCCUCUUGCUGAACAAAUUUUAAAACGACACAGAAAGAGGAAGGAGGAAGCGAUGGUGAAGGUACGGAUGAACACGGCCGAUGUGGCCGCCGAAGUCAAGUGCUUGCGGAGGUUAAUCGGCAUGCGCUGUUCCAAUGGCUAUGAUAUCUCUCCCAAGACUUAUAUAUUCAAGCUGAUGAAUAGCAGCGGAGUUACAGAGUCUGGGGAGAGUGAGAAGGUUUUAUUGUUAAUGGAGAGCGGCGUCCGGUUGCAUACAACUGUUUAUGUUCGAGGGAUUCCCACAACCAGAAUCUGAAUAAGCUUCUUUUCCAUCUUAUUUAUUUUGAUAUUUGGUGACACAACUUCAUAACAUGUUUUCUGCGAAGAGCAACUGGGAACAAAACUGCUGCAUGCCAUAAAUGCAGAUGCUGGUU